CACCUGUUGGAGGACAUUUCCAGCAGGAGGUUUUGAACUCACUCUUCUUCAAACAGACACAGUUUGUUUUCUUGAUUUCACGGGUUUACGAAGCCGUCGUCUUCUGAUCGUCUCCUGUUUGAUAUAUUUAGGCAGAAACGUUGUGACUUUGUCUCUUUCCUGCACUGCCUACCACUCCUGAAGGUUUCAGCGAAAGGCAGUAACUUUCACUACCGAUCCUCCCUCUUUAUUAUCAAGGGAGGGGUAAGGGAACUUAAGUCAUGCAAGACUGGAAGGCAGAAGAUGAGUAUCUGUGUAGCUGCAAAGAUACAUGUUGGGAAUUCAUCCCACUGCUGUUUUUAACCCAUCGAGUCCUUUGUUGGAGAUACGUGAACUUUUCACCACCGCAGCCGCUGCUCCUGUAAAGACAUGCUGUGCUGGUUUAAGAGCAGGAUGACAUCAGUCUGAAGAACACCGUCUCUACACCUGUGAUCGACAACGACCAGCAGCCACCAUGAACGUCUCUGUUAACGACACCCCGUUCUGCUACACCAUCAACAAUCCUCCAUUCAAUUACACCCACCCCAUCGCCUCAGCCUACUAUCCGUUUAUCUUCAUGACCCUGGGUCUGACCUCUAAUCUUAUCGCCCUCGUAGUUCUAGUCAAGUCUUUCCGCACUACGCAAAGUCGCUCGCGCUCCUCCUUCCUCAUCUUCCUCGGUGGUCUGGUGGUCACUGACUUCAUGGGUCUUCUGGUCACCGGAUGCAUCGUGGGAACUUUCCACGUGACUCACUUUAACUGGCGCACUCUGGACCCUCACUGCCACUUCUGCAACUUCAUGGGCAUGACCAUGGUUUUUUACGGCCUGUGCCCACUUUUGCUCGGCGCCACCAUGGCAGUGGAGCGCUUCAUCGGCAUCACCAUGCCGUUCGUACGAUCUUUCAGCAAGAAAAGGGGUCGAACCAUCUACAUAGUGCUGUCGGUGUGGACCUUUGCUGGCAGUAUUGCACUGCUGCCAGUUCUUGGUGUCGGGAGCUUCCACUUGCAGAAGCCAGGCUCCUGGUGUUUUAUCAAUAUCAGCCCAGAGGGAACAGACAUGGUGUUCUCCCUGAUCUUCUCCCUGACUGGACUGACCUGCAUCACUGUGUCCUUUUUGCUGAACACCGUCAGCUUGGUGACCCUGAUCAGGGUGUGCUGCGGACAUGACAGGAAACAGCGGCGACGAGAUUAUGAAAUAGAGAUGAUGGUUCAGCUCAUCCUCAUCAUGGUCAUCGCUUCCAUCUGCUGGUGCCCCCUACUGAUAAACACUCUGCUGAGCAUCGUGACCAUGGUUCCUGUUAGAGAUGAAAUUGUUUUAUUCUGCAUACGAAUGGCCACCUGCAAUCAGAUAUUUGACCCCUGGAUUUACAUCGUUUGCCAAGUGCCCUGUCUGAGAUCAUUAUUGCGCAAACUGUGCUUUCUGGAGCCAAACUCCAAGCCAAAAACCUUUUGCUGGGGCUGCGUUUUGCCACUGGGAACCAGAUCCUGGACCCCUGGGUCUACAUCCUCUUUCGUAGGGCGGUCCUCAAGAGACUCUAUCCCCGGUUUGACUGGUCCCGUGGCUCUUUUAUGAGUAGGUACCCAUCGAUCAGCGACACCGUACGCAGGUUGACACGCUCUUCACUUGGGAACGCCCUGAGUUCAAGUGAAACAGGGGAGGUGCGGGAGAUAACUGAAACAAAUCAACAGCCUUGAAGCUUUAGAUUUGGUUUUCCAGAAAAAUCACUGAAGGACUGAAAGUCAUGACUCCUGUUUAUGUGACAUUUGAUGUUUAAUCUGGAAAUAGAUAUGAAUUCCAGUCUUUGCAUUGACACCUUAUUUUACAAAAAAAAAUCAUUGAAUUUAGACAAAUAUCUUUAGUUUUUUGGUUUACGUUUACCUUUUAUUUAAAGAUCAAUACAAAAGACAAGACUAGAAAAUUACACUUCAUUCCAAAUAUUGGCGAAUAUUAGCAUAUAUGUCUCUGGAAGAUUCAGGAAGUUCUAUACCUGGUUAAUACUAUAAUGGUUAUAGUUGUGUAGGAGUUCCUUCAGGAAAUAAGGAAACGUUGUUGUGUGCCUGGAGGGCGCUGUUCUGCUGCAACCAGGCAAUUUAAUUUCAAUUUCAAUAUUUUUCUUAAGUGUGCCUCGGUAAAGAAUUUGCACUGAUUUGAAAUUGUAUUCCAUUUGUUUAAUUAGAGUAGUACUUAGUUAGUGCUUUAAUAGAACCUGUCAACGUGGGGGACAAGGGAGGGGUCGACCCUCUAUCUUAUGCUAUCUGCAUAAGCUAAUGUGAUGUGCAGCUUUGCUUAGAUGCUUUUAUUCGUCCCUCAGGAUUGUUGAAAACGUGCAGUGACCACUGCUUUAUUUCUGGAACUUACAAAGUUACAGAUGUAUUUAAAUGGAACAAGUACUCGGUACACGCAUGUAAAAGGCUGAUUUAAUCAACCGAGAUUAUGUUUUAUGAUUAUCACCUUUGAUUUAAAACUGUCCUGAAUAUUACCAAACCUCUGUUUGAUCAAAACAGUCCAAGCAGUUCCUCUACAGUAAUGCUGAUUUAGCCAAAAUGCUUUUCGUUAGGAUGUAGUUUUCUGUGCAACGGUGAAGAAAUGUGGUGACACACGUUUUCCUGACUGCACAGAAAGUGACGCACCACUCGUCGCACCAAGUAAAGAAGACUCCACCUGUCACGUGACCGCCAGUAAAACAAAUAUUUCACUGCUUGCUUGCACUUUUUUGACUUUAGCCUGAACUUUUCUAUUGCGUCCGCUUCACACUCAUGGCCUUAAUGUCUUCAUAUUAAAGUGAUGGUCUCCGUCAGUCUAGCAUUCCUCGCAUGUUGACUUCUGAUGGAGCUCCCUCAAUAAGGUUUUCCUGAUCACUGUAUUCUGUUGCAUGCGGUCAAAGGAGAUAUAUGCCACCUGUUGUAGAAAGCGCAGUGUUACUGUAAGUGCAGUAUGCAUAAAUAGUACGUAGAAAGAACUCGGAAUGUACUUGAAACAGAACAAAGGACACGGAAAAUUAAAGAUAUUUUUGUUUACCAACAAUGAUAAUUAAUGUUUCACCAUGUACAUGAUAAGAGUGAAGAUGAUUACUGUGGUGCUGGCCAUGUAAAAGGUUCAUGGUUCAAUUCCACAAACUGUAGUCCCAAAAUCCCCGGUGAGGUAAAAAUUAGUCUACAGUGGAUGAUGGAAAUACAGUACAGACAAUAGAAGAUUAGAUGUUUAAAAUAACUGCAUGAAUGAAUAAAUGAAUGAAUUAAUUAAUUAAUUAAAAUCGCAAAUUGACAUAAGAUCGGAUUAAAAAGUAUUUAGUUCUGCUUAAUAAUAUGGAUUGUCCUAUUUGCAAGAAUGCCUUAGGAAUGCAGGUCUAGAUGUUAAAGCAUGGGAAUAUAAUAAGUGAUGUAUGUGUAUGUAAGUGUUUACAGGUUAUGUGAUGUCUAGGUGUUCUGGAAAGUAUUAAAGUCCAAUGUUUAUUAAGACACACAGUAUUCUAUAUAGUUCUGCAUAUAAAGAAGUAAUAUAUAAAAAUAUAUACUUUACUACUUUAAUCAUACCCACAUAUAUGUAUAUGUAUACAUAUAUAUGUAUAGUUCAAGAAGAUGCAGUAGGUCAGUAUGUCUCCAGGUGUUAUGUAUUUUUAACUACACAUUAAAAUGUGAAACAAGACAGGUGAAUAGCUUUGCUAAUGGUGCAUUUGAAAAUGUAUCUGUUUCGUCACGCUCUCCUUUACCAAGAGUAUAUAUUCAGUGUGAACACUACUCGUCCGAGGCGCUGUGUAACCUGGCUUGAACAUUAUCUGUGAAGUGUGGCGUCCUUGAUGUCAGUACCAUGUGUUUGUAGUAAGACUACAGGUAAAUCAAGAAAAUAAUAAAGGUCUGAAUUAAAAAUGAA